CUUCUCUUUUCUGUUGAUGGGGAUAUGAUGAAUUUGUUUGAUGCUCUGGCCUCCCUGCCAAACCAACGUCGGACGACUUCCUGUUCUGUAUCAAUUGGUCCCCACUUCUUACGAACUCCAACAAAGCCGAAUGACAGCACAGCACUUACUCCGUAAUUUACGGAGUUCGGCCUGGAGGCCUCCGUGAAUGUAUUGUUCGCCAGCCUGCAAUUUGAACGUGGAUAGAGAUCAUAGACAUCGUGUAGACUUUCUUCCACCUGCUGCAUCAUUGCACCUAUUCUCCAAUCUUAUAAUCUUGGUCUCUCAUGAUGGACGUAAGCCCUGGGGCUGAAGUACCCGAAGUCAAAUCGCCCGAACUCCAUGAGAUUAACGAUGAACCCAAGAGCGAACCCGUUGAGCAGAUGUGCGCCACCGGUGAGAAAGACGCCACAGCCUCUGGCAACCAUGUUGUGGAGACGGAAGGUGGAAUUGAGUUUCUAGUGACAUGGCAAGACGAAGAGUCAGAUCUAGGAAACCCUAAGAAUUGGGCUAUGAGGAGAAAAGCGAGAGCCCUAGUUGGCAUGUCAAUGUUCGUCUUCAUCAGUGUCUUCGCAGUCAGUCUAAUUGCACCGGGGCUACCUGCCGUUUCUUCGGACUUGCAUAUUGAGCAGCCGGCGGUACAAGAGAUGGUGCUCUCCAUCUUCCUCCUAGGCUAUACUUUCGGACCUCUGGUUGCAAGCCCACUCUCCGAGACGUUCGGUCGCAUGAGAGUAAUACAGUUCUGGAAUCUCUUGUAUACUAUCUUCAAUGCCCUAUGUGGUGCCUCACAAUCCAAAGAAGCGCUUAUCGUUUUGCGAUUCAUCUCUGGAGUGUUCGCUAGUGCUACGUUAGGAAUUGGUGGCGGUACAAUCAGCGAUCUAUUUCGAUCUAAGGAUCGUGGUAAGGGUGUUGCUAUAUACAGCUGGUGUGCAGUGGCUGGUCCGCUCUUUGGUGUCAUCCUUGGUGGUUUCAUCGCCAAGUACACAACCUGGCGUUGGGCCUUCUUUUCCACUUCCAUACUCAGUGCAUGCAUCCAAUUGAUCGGCCUCUACAUGCUAGAGGAGACAUAUCCUCCACUGUUGCUCCGCAGAAGAAAGUGGUCCAUUAUCAAGGAGACGGGCGAUACCAGGUACUAUACGCUUCAUGACCAUCUCGACCAUGUCACGGCUCGAGUACUUUCUCAAAACCUAAUUCGACCUUUCAAACUAUUAGCGACACAGCCUAUUAUUCAAGUCAUGGCCUUAUACAAUGGAUUUCUGUACGGAAAUACUUACAUCUUCUUCGCGGACUUCGUCAACCUCUUUACAAAUCGUUAUCAUGAAAGUGUACAAAUUGCUGGGCUCAACUAUGUCUCCAUUGCCACCAGCUCUGGCCUAGCCACCGUGAUAUACAGCAUGACAAUUGAUCGCAUAUAUCGAAUCUUGUCAAGCCGGAAUGGUGGGCAAGGGAAGCCUGAAUUUCGAAUUCCCGUCAUGGUCCCAGGCACGCUUCUCCUUGGAAUCGGCUUGUUUUGGUAUGGCUGGUCGGCAGAUGCUGUCCUUCAUUGGAUCAUGCCGAAUAUCGGCUGUGGCCUCUUCAUAGCAGGGGCAACAAUAUGUACCAGCUCGGUGAACGCGUACAUAGUCGACACGUAUGGGCAGUACUCUGCGAGUGCUAUAGCAGCGAUCUCGAUUCUGAGAUGUCUAGCUGGAUUUACCUUCCCGCUUUUUGCCCCUUAUAUGUACGACAAACUUGGUUACGGUUGGGCCGCUACUGUACUCGGGUUUAUCGCGCUGGGUAUCGGGUUCCCGGUCCUUGGGCUGCUGUGGAAGUUUGGCUUGUACUUGAGACACAAGAGCCCGUACUCGAGUGCUGAGAAAGUCCCUGAGACUAGAGUGAACUUAGUCUCAAACAGCACAUGCUAAGAGCAAGAAAUGCGGUCGGGGUUUGAUUCCUGAAAUGGCUAUUUCGAGCCGGUGAUGCCAAAAUUCGAGGGACUCAGUAAAUUACCUAGAUGAAUAAACUUUAAGAGGAAUCGUGGUGCCUGCCUUUCAAAGAUCAGACCCCG